AUGGGAUGUAAGAAAGAAGUGUCAGCUGAUGGAAGAACCCGUCUUUUCGGCUCAAGAACUUCAGUUGAUGAAGUAGGUUUUCAGCAUUAUUUAUAAGAUUUGUUACCUAAAAAAUUGAACACUAUACCAUCUAAAACAAUUUACUACCUAAGUUUUUAAAAAAUAUUAUUUUCGUUGCGGGACCAAAGCUAGGCCUUCGAAUAUAACUGAAUUAAUAAAACCCUAAAUCUGAUCCAAAUUUUUAGGUAUUAAAAGACAGAAACCUAGAAGAAAAAACCUUCCUCAUCACCGGCACAACCAGUGGAAUCGGCGUUGAAACCGCUCGUGCUCUAGCUCAUCAUGGUGCACAUGUUGUGAUGGCCAACAGAAAUCAACAAGCAGCUGAGAGGAUCAGAGAUCAAAUAUAUUCGGAGACAAACUACAGAAAUAUCGACCUAAUCACCUUGGAUUUACUAUCAUUACAAUCAGUUAAAGCAGCGGCCGAAGAGUUCCUGAGCCACGACUGGCCGCUGCACGGUCUGAUUCUGAAUGCCGGAGUAGUGUCACCGCCGGUUAAAGCAAGCAAAGAUGGCUACAAUGCUACCUGGGCGACUAAUCAUUUAGCUCACUUCUACUUUGCCUUGCUUCUGAAGGACAGAGUAAUCAAGUCAAAGCCUUCCAGAAUCGUGAUUCUGGCUUCUGAUCUGCACAGAUUCACAUCGAUCAACGCUAAAGAUUCAUUGGAAAAGAAAAUAGAGCAAUUGGUACCUACAGCUGAUUCCAAAGACUUUGAAAUGAUGUUGUACAACCGGUCGAAACUGUGUAAUGUACUCUUUGCUUUCAAAUUACAUAGAGAAAUCAACCACCUGGGAGUGAAUGUUAUCGCAGCUCAUCCUGGCUCUAUGAUUGAUACUGGUGAGUAUUGUUUGUCAUAUAAUAGUUAAUUAUAUAGUAAUUUUGAUAAAUGAAAAAUUUUUUGUUUUUGUCUUUUUAAAAUUGAAGAAAAUCAAUUUUUAGUUCUGCACAGUGCAGUUUUUUUCAACUUUUAAAAACUGCACCGUGCAAACAUUUUAAACCAAAAUUUAAAUUUUUGUAUUCAAAAUAAUAAUAAAAUUUUUAUUUUUAAAAACUUUUCAAAUUUUUUUGACCUUAAAAUCUGAUGUACAAUUUUUUAACGCCUGCACGGUGCAAUGUUCAAAAUUUAAAAAUCUGCACGGUGCAAAAUCCAAAAUUUUUAAAAUUUGAAUUUUUACUGAAAAUUGCAUUUUUAGGUUUACAAAGAGGUGGUGGCAUGUUUCUAACAGCUGUAAAGAAACUUAUUACCAAUCGGUUUACAAAAACAGUAAAGCAAGGCGCCGCCUGCAGCGUUUUUUGUGCUACUCAUCCAGAUCUGGAAAAUGUAAGUUUUUGAAAAUUUUUUAUAAACAAUGAACAUAAUUAAAUGAAAAUUAGUAUAAAAUACAUAAAAAAAAAUUUUUUAUUACCUAAAAUUCAAAAAACACCUCUUUAAUGUCGAAAAACGUUAAAAAUCGCCCAAAAUUCGAUAAAAAAAUUUUUCCACAAACUUAUUGACUACUAAAACUAAAAUUUCAAGUUCGAAAAUAAAAUACAUUCAAUUUCAGGUCAGUGGCCGCUACUUUGAAAGCUGUUGGGACGAUGAAUCGUAUCUAGCAGGCGAUUUGGCCAAUGAUAUUCAACUACAAAACGCCUUAUGGGACAAGAGCAUUGACAUGAUUAAAAAAGCUGGGCUUCCAGUUUAG